AUGAUCCGAGGCCUAAACAGCAUCUACCUCCAAGCAGAGCAUGUCCAGAAACCCCAAGACAUUGAAGAUUUUCUCUUCUUCAUCAAGUCCUGGGCAAGCUGGGUGUCCGAUCAUCAUAUCCUGGAAGAAACACAAAUGUUUCCCGGUUUCGAGAAAGUCAUUGGCACGGCUGGCUUCCUCGACACUAAUGUAGAACAGCACCAUGCAUUCCAGCCGCAGUUGAAAAUCCUUCAAGAGUAUUCCAGCCAUACUGGCCAUGCGGAUUACGAUGCCAAGACGAUCCGAAGAACCAUUGAGGAAAUGGCGCCCAGUUUCCACCGCCAUCUAAGCGACGAAUUCAACAGUCUCCUCUCAAUGGAGCCGUAUAAUGAAGCGGCGUUGUUGAAGGUGUACAAAAAUUGUGUAGCUGAAGCAACCAAGCAAGACAAGGUAUAUUGUGACCUGCAAACCCUGGAGAUUGAACGAGAUUAUUAG